GACUGCCCCUGUUAAGCCAGGAAGUGGGCCAAUGCUUUAGUUAGACGGAUGGUUGCAGGGAGUCGGGGACUUAAAGAGGACCACAUAAUGUGGGUUACUGCCAUCCGAGGCACUUACAUCAGUAUAUUAUGACUGAAUUCAAAUUUGGCAAAAAUACAGGCCAUUUUGACCUGUUAUUUAGUUGUUAAAACUACUUGGAGUUGGAGGAGGGGUGAGAAGCUCGCUCAUCCUCUCUCUUCUGUGAGACUCAGAGCAUGUGAUGAACAACCGACUUCUUCAGGCCAUUCGCAGAUGUGUUGCCUCAACUCCAGGGAAUUAACAGCUGACCUCACAGCUGUCUGCUCUGCGCCGGGCGUAAAGGGACCAUCUCUGUGUUGCUGUAGAGUACUGGUUCAUAUUCUCCAUAACCAUGGACCUGACCGCGCUUUCAGACGACGAGGCCAAGCACGUCUGGGAGGUCAUACAGAGAGACUUCACCCUCAGGAAGAUAGAAGAAGAGAGACUGGGGGACCUAAAGACUAAGAUAGAGAAGGAGGACACUAAGAUUGAGCUGCUGGGUACUCAGACCACCCUGGUAGACUCUCACUGUAUCCGCUGUCUGCAGCCCUUCAAGUUCCUGGUCAACAGUAAGCGUCAGUGCAUAGACUGUAAGAUGUACACCUGCAAGGCAUGCAGCCGCUACAACAAGAAGGAUCACGGCUGGGUGUGCGACCCCUGUCGUAUGACAAGGGUCCUUAAAAUUGGAACAGUGGGAUGGUACCAUGACAACGUGCGCACCCGUUUCAAGCGCUUCGGCAGUGCCAAGGUGAUGAAGUCUCUUUACAAGCGACUCAAUGGAGAGGGUGCCCGGCGUGACAGUGACACACAAAGCAUGCCUGAUUUCCGCAAUGAUAGGUACAAUGGUCAUGAUGAGGACUAUGCAGAAGCAGAAGCUCAGCGAUACAAAAUGAUGCGAAAGAACAAGCGCCUGCUCUCUGUUCAUCCCAUGGACUUGGAUGUGGAUAUAGAAGAGUAUUUUCCACCCCACUCUCGCACUCACUCUCGUCGACAAUCCUACCAGCAGAUCCAGGAGGAGCGAGGUGGUGGUCACCGGGGUGACAUGGAGUUCAUGGAUUCCAUGCAGCAACAACAACACCGCAUGAACCGUAGGAAGAGCCUGGAUAGGUACAACAUGCGCCCUGACGAUGGGCAGUAUGGGAUGGUGCGUGCCCGCUCCCUAUCCAAGAUCAGCUCCUCUAUGAACCGCCAGCACUAUGUGGACACGUCAGAAGAGGAGGAGGGAGGGCGCAACACCAUGUACCAGACCCCCUAUCGCCGACGCCCUUCCUACAGCCGAGUUGGCUCUCACGAGAACCUGCAGGCCCCAACACAGCAACCGGUCAAUGCGCUAAACAAGCGCAUGUCAGCCAUAGAGAGUCUCCUGAACCGGCUGGAGUCCAAGAUGACUCUACCCCCCGAAGAUGAGGAGACGCCCCCGACCGCUGCACAGAUAGAGGAGGAGAAGCUGAGGAGGAAGCUGAGCGAGCUGGCGGGGAACAUCAGUGUUCCGUCCUCCGACGAGGAAGCAGGAGGGGGGAAGAAGACCCCUUUAUUAAAGAGGGCCGCUGUGAAGAGUAACCUCCCAGUCCUCCCCCUAGAGCCCCUCAGUUCCUCCAGCGAUGAGGGGCCCACCGAGGCUCAGCAGAGAUCCACCGCGGCGGCCCUCUGUGACAUCACCAAAGAGUUUCUAAGAACCAUUAAUGCCGCUGAAAGCGCGAUGAACGAGUACUUCCCCUCAAUAACGUCUAAUGACAGCCCCAUGAUAACUGACGUGGCUGACGUAAGGAAAGCAGCUGAGUCUUACAGGGAACUUGAGGAAAAUGUGUACAUGACCUCAGGGAAGUCCUUUGAUCUGGAGAAGAAGCUGAGGCAUCUGGAGCAGAGUGCCAAGAACCGCUUCGGAGGGGCCACAGACUCGGAGCUGUCUGACCUGGAGGACGUGGUGGCUCUGACUGCACAUCGGGUCCAGAGCACUGAGAGUGAGGUGUCUGAUUUGGAGAACAAACUUGCUGCUCUAAGUGCCUCAGGGAAGAAAAAGAUAUCAGGUUCACAGAACAGGAAAAGGUUUAACCAAGACUUCCCCACAAAACCCAGCAACGGCUCAGGAUCCCUACGGAAAUCCAAUCCCAUGUAAAAGGACUGUACGACGAAUAAGCCCAAUGAAACUGUCUGUAUUAUCUUAGUUACUGAAAUAUACCUUCAACCUUAUCUGUCACUGAUCCACUGUAUAUCUGAUGUCAAUCUCAUAUCCACAUUGUUACAGUAUGUUAAUGGUAUAUCCACACCCACAAUGCACAGCAGUUAUGUGCUGUAAAAGCAGGCUACACCAUAGCUAUGUUCAAUGCAAAAACAACCCUGGUUUACUGCCUGAAAGCCAUACGCAUUCUAAAGUAUCCUCUCAGUCUCAAUGUAUCUGAUGUCUAAACUCAUGAAUGAUUGGUCAAAAGGGCAAUUUGUGGGGAAAAAAUAUCAGAAUUGGGCUUCCUGCUGCAAAACAGUCUAAGUUUCCUGAUUCAAAAAAUGGAGUUUGAUUAGUGAACACUGGUAAAGUGGUAGUUUCUGUACACUAUCAUGACCUCGUCUAAUAAUGACCUUUUGGGUUGCAUGGGAUUCUGGGAAACAAGCACCACGACUUACUAUCUUACAUCACCAACUGUGUUACAUUCAAAUAACAGAGUGUCUGUUACAUAUUGUCGUAGUACAUAUCUUUCUGAAAAAGAACAGUGAAAUGUUGUCUUGACACUGACCAGACAAAUAUGAUAUGAAAUAACAAGUUAUCUAGUCUGGAUAAUGAUCUCUGUUUUGUUUUCUCUCAAUUCAUAUAAAAAAAUAUGUCUGAAACCGUUUUCAAGACAAUUAUAAAUAUUGGAAUGAAUAUAGGAUGAAUAUAUAUAUAUAUAUAUACUGUAUCAUUUGAAAAGCUGCAGUGCGUUGUGCCGUCACUGGGCUUCUGCAUCUAAUAAAUUGUAUCACAUCAA